GCUUUAAAUCGUGACGACUUCCGUUCUGACCCACGUUCUGUAGUUUCUUGCCAAAUUUGAACGUAUUCUGAUUCAAAUUUAGUUUUUAAUUGUAAUUAUGAGACCUUUGACGGAUGAGGAGACAAAGGCGAUGUUUGAGAAGCUUUCGAAAUAUAUCGGAGAAAACAUUAAACUUCUCGUGGACCGACCCGACGGCACCUAUUGUUUCAGAUUACACCAUGACCGGGUGUACUACAUGAGUGAGAAAAUUCUGAAGUUGGCCACAAACUUUUCUCGGGACAAACUAAUUUCAGUGGGAACGUGCUUUGGGAAGUUCACAAAAACUCAAAAGUUUCGCCUUCACAUCACUGCUUUGGAUUUUUUGGCACCCUAUGCUAAGUUCAAGGUUUGGGUGAAACCAGGAGCAGAGCAGUCCUUCCUGUACGGGAACCAUGUGUUAAAAUCUGGGCUGGGGAGGAUCACAGAGAACACCAUGCAGUAUCAAGGAGUUGUGGUGUACUCCAUGGCGGAUGUACCAUUGGGCUUUGGAGUUGCAGCCAAGACCACCCAAGAGUGCCGGCGAGUGGAUCCCCUCUCCAUCGUCGUUUUCCACCAGGCUGAUGUGGGAGAGUUCAUUAGGAAUGAGGACACAUUAACGUAAACGGAGGAUUUUUCCGUCAGAGCAUCAAGCUGCUUUCAGUGGUCAGACAUCAGCAGCUAACAUUUUACUGCGGUGGACCGAAUCCAAGCAUCAAAACAACACAAAUCCCUUUAGGCAGUGUACGUGGCUAAAGCCCACGAAUGUGGUCUGAUGUCGCAGCUCGACCACAAUCCUCUGUUCCUGUAUUUCAGCAAUCUAUUGAGUGGCCUUUAUAAUCCUGUUUUUUAAUCGUUUACAGUUAAUGUGGAAUAUUUGUCUGCACAUUCUUCUGAAAUAUGGAUUCUAAAUAAAUCUUAGUUUAUUUGGAA